AUGUUAAAGAAGAAAGAUUAAUUAGGAAGAAAGAAGGUGGUAGAGGAAAGCAUGAUACUAAAAGCAAAAUUCUGCAAAACCAACCACCACCCAUAAGAUUUCUUCCCCCCAUUACCAAAUCAGUCGGAUCAAUGGGGAUGAUGUUUCAUUGUUCAGAAAUUGAAGACGUCUGCUAAAUCCUCUUUUAAUAUAGAGCAUUUGGUGUACAUUUGCGGAUUCCAUCAGUUGCUAAUACCUGAGGCUGUCUUUCCCCAGUUUUGUUAAGGAAUAUUAGUUCUUCAAGCUGCGUUCUGCACAUUGUUUCUUGAAUGGUUCCAGUUGCAUUGUUGCUAUAAGAAGUUGCCUCAAGUUUACCCCCAUUUCUGAAUUUGGCUUGAUACUCAUUCCCAUUUUGGAAAAAGCAGCCCUCUUUGGCCCAAAACCGGUUUGGGGAAAUUGAGCCUCCAUUGGUUCAGUUUGCUGUCACAUUUCAGAAUCUGGGUCUGCUCUUCAACAUAUUUUCAUUUCAAAGCACUUCCUACUGCUUGGAGAGAAAUUUUGGUAACAUUUCAGAAUCCGAGCUCAGCUGCUACACUGCUACUCUCUCAAUUCAAAGUGAUUACUCUCACAUUUCGGCAUCUUCAUCUUCCUUGAUCGGUAAGUUAUCCCAAUUGUGGAGCUAAAAAGAGUUUGAUCUAUUACAGGGUUGUGUGAGUUAGACUGCUAAGGAUACAUCUUAAAUGAGUGGUGCACAAUCUGAGAGUAACCGAAAACUUUCUAGUACUAUAAUCAAUCUGCAAGAUCGAUACUCAGGUCACUCGAGCUACAUUAUGGAAGCUAGAGCAAGAAAAAACCCCACUCCUCCGCCCAUCGAGAAAAACAAGGAAUAUACAAGAUCUCUAUCACAAGGAGGAGGCAGAAGAUUGUUACCUGCAAGGGCAAGCUAUUUCAGCUUGGAGUCACUGCUUCUGCUCACGUGUCUAACAGCAUCAUUGCUUAUCCUUCCAUUGAUACUGCCACCAUUGCCUCCUCCACCAUUCUUGCUGCUGCUGCUGCCCAUAGUCAUUUUAGCUGUGCUCAUGUUCUUGGCCCUCAUGCCUUCGGAUGUAAGGGAUCUUACAAAUACAUAUGUGUAAAUUGUGUUCUGAGUUGCACCGUUUUUGUAAUUCCACAUCUUCAAAAAUAUGAAAGAAAAUAGUUCAUUCAUUCCAUGGUUCUUUGCUCACCAUUUUUUAAGUUCUCACCAAAAGGAGUUUAGCCGAGUUUGUAUGAAUUAAUUUUAAACUGUCAU